GCAACCUCUGCUCGCCGGUCAUUACUUGAUCGCGAGUUCCUCACAGCGACGCACAGCUGCAGUUCGUUAGACCUGCCCUUGAAUCUCGCCGUUUCGAUAUUCGCAGAAAAAAAGAAAAAGGAUACGAUGGGAAGACAAGAAAAGGACGAGAAUGAGGAGAGGGGGAACUGGGACAGCAAAUGGGAGUACCUCUUGUCCCUGGCUGGCUACGCCAUCGGUCUGGGCAACGUCUGGAGGUUCCCUUACUUGUGCUACAGGAAUGGAGGAGGCGCCUUCCUAAUCCCCUACCUGAUGAUGCUGUUCGUCGUCGGGAUACCGGCCUUCUUGCUGGAGUCCUCAGUCGGCCAGUUCAGUUCUUCAGGCUGCCUGACCCUCUACAAAGUCUGUCCGAUCUUCAAGGGUAUUGGUUACACCUCUGUGAUGGUCUCCCUCAUUGCCAGUACUUACUACAGCGUCAUUGUGGCCUAUCCCCUGAUCUACCUGUACCACUCCCUCACGUCAUCUGUGCCCUGGGCGUCCUGCGAUAAUGAGUGGAAUACCCCUGACUGUGUGGCAGCAACCUCCUUUACUGAGGAUUUCCCCGAAAGGCUUUGGAAUUCUACCAAUGCAGUCUCGGCGGCCGACGAAUUUUUCCAUAACUACGUCCUGGAGAUCUCUCCGGGAAUCGAGGAGCCCAACGGUCUUGUCUGGUCGAUCGUCUUCGCAACAGCUUUCGUGUGGACGGUCGUCUUCUUGUGCAUCUUCAGGGGCGUCAAGGUUGUUGGCAAGGUCGUAUGGCUGACUACAACCUUCCCUUAUGUCAUGCUCUUCAUAUUAUUCGUCCGGGGUGUGACCCUACCCGGAGCGUGGGAAGGGAUCAAGUAUUACAUCUACCCAGAUCUUAGCAAGCUGACCCACUAUAAUAUAUGGGCUGACGCAGCCGUCCAGAUCUUCUUUUCCUUGGGCCCCGGCUUCGGCUCUGUGGUCACCAUGAGCUCGUUCAACAGGUUCCGCAACAACUCUCAGCGGGACGCUCUCCUCAUCCCCAUCCUGAACUGCGCCACGUCCAUCUUCGCCGGGUUCGUCGUGUUUUCGGUCCUCGGGUUUCUGGCCCACAUGACGGGCAAGACCGUGGCGGAUGUGCCCUCCGCUGGUCCAGCCUUGGCAUUCAUAGCAUACCCGGAGGCCCUGUCACUCCUGCCGUUGUCUCCAGUGUGGUCCGUGUUGUUCUUCCUCAUGUUGUUCUUCCUGGGCAUUGGUUCUGUGUUCGUGCAGAUCGAGGCGAUGACGGCGUCCCUCAUGGACAGUUUCCCGCAGCGGCGGAAUCGCAAAGGCGCCCUCACCUUCGUCGCCUGCCUCGUCAUGUUCCUGUUGGCUCUCCUCUGCUGCACCAGGGUCAGUCAGGAGGAAUGUUCUGUCACGCUAAUCCUGGACACGUACUCCGCCACUGUCCCCAUAAUCUUCGCCUGCCUUUGUGAGGUCAUCGUCUUCUCUUAUAUUUACGGCAGUGGAAAGGUGGCGAGGGACGUGGAAAUGAUGACCAACAAACCGCUGAAUUUAUUCUGGUAUUUCAUGUGGCUCGUCCUCACGCCCUUCUGUCUCUUGCUGAUCUUCCUGGAAGUGGUGGUGGUGGUCCGGCCCCCUGAGUACAGGGACUCCGUAUCCCCAUCGUGGAUCCAGGCCGCUGGCUGGAUGUCGGCCAUCGCCUCCAUCUCGACCAUCCCCGCCUACGCCCUUUGGUACUUGGUGUCUGCAGAAGGGUCCUUUGCGAAGCGGAUGGCGUCCGCAUUUACCGCAUCGCCGGCCUGGGGCCCCGCCCUGGAGAGCCAUCGAAGGGCGUGGGACGAAUACACCAAGACUCACCCUCUGCGUCAUCCGCUCCUCCACCCGAGGCUCAUGAGGAGGAACCUCUGGAGGGGCUGCGCUCCUCCGCAGUCCUCCUCCUCCGCGGGCGUUUACCCUCCGAAAGACGGCGGGCGGAGCUUGGAGUUGGGCGCCCCCUUAACCAAUGGUGCGGAGGGGCACUGAUGAGGUCCUUCGGGAGUUCGUCGUUUUGUCCCUGGAGGUUCAUGUUGCCCUGGAGGAUCAUGAUGCCCUGGGCGAAGAUGGCGAAUGGGUAUUCGGGUAUCCUUCGUCGCUGCUCUUCGGAGACAUUCGCUUCGUGGUGGACUUUCGAUGUGUUAAUUAAGAAGUGUCCUCAGAUGUAACGUCUCUCGUUGACAGCGACUGGGAUCUAUUUCAUAAGGAAUUUUUGAUCUACUAAUGACAUAUUUUUGUAACUUGAUAAUAGUAUACGUGUAUGACCGCAGUAUAAGAUGAAAUAUUCAACGGUACAACUUUCGAUUUUGUAACGAGUGUGUGUGUGUGUGGGCAGAUAUUAUUGUAUGAUGAAUUACGACGCUCGACCCCAACCCCUCACGUAGCUUUUUCCUAUAGUGAAGCUUAAACGACAUUCAGGAACUUGUCUGUGGGCAACAGUGAGGGGCCCUUUGACCCGUCAGUUAGUCACAAACACCUUUUCUCUCUCUCUCAAGCACUUGCACACAAACGCACCUUUGAAAAAAAUAAAAUGUUAGAAGGGAAACCAGAGGUUGAAAGUGAAUGAAUCAUGAGGUGACCUUUGCUUUGAUAUUUCUCUCUGCUAUUUAUUUUUAAUUCUUCUUCUUCUUCAGCCUCAUUCAUCUUGGGGUCCUCCAGUUUAUUCCCUUCUGCCCUCUCCUCUUCCUGGGUUUUUUCGUCCAUUCCUCUUCUUUCUCAGCUUACUACGUAAUCUGCUCCUCCUCCUCCUCCUCCUCACCUUGUUCAUCUACACCACCACCUCCUUCUCCUCCUCCUCCUCCUCUACCUGACCUUAUUCAUGUACUCCUCUUUCCCAACUUAUUCAUGUACCCCUCUUCCUCAGUUUAUUCAUUUUCUCUGCCUCCCCCUCCUCCACAGCUGAUUCAUCUACUCUUUUUUUCCUCAGUGUAUUCAUCUCCUCCUCCUCCUCUUCCUCCUCCUCCUCCUCCUCCUCCUCCUCCUCUUCCUCCUCUUCCUCCCCUCCUCCUCCUCCUAUGAGUAUUAGAGCCAGUGAACACCGAGGAUGCUUAACCAAACCACUGCCUAAUUGUAUCCAGACAUCCAGUCCUAUUUCUGGUCCCCCAAAGUGAUGUCACCCUUUCACGCAAGGGGAAAGGGACCCCAGACACAGGAGGUUAGAAAUUGCACUCUAGUUGAAGCCUUAAUCACGACCUCUGUCAGCGAAUUAAGACGGAGUUUAUGCACUGAAAUGUGGCCUUGUUUGUUUGUUUGUUUGCCUGUUUGUGACUGUCCAUGUCUGGAACAUAUCUCGAAAUUUUGCGAGAGGACUUUAAUCCAAUUUUGCAGUGGGGUAACCUGGGAGGGUGAAAAGCUUUGAUAAAAUUUUGAGAUGAAUCUUGAAUUAAAAUCCCUAAUUUUUUGUCUUAUAGAUGAUGGAGUUUUCGUUUUCGUUUUCUUUUUUUUUCUUCUAAGUAUUAAGGGUAUUUUACCUUUGUAACGACGAAAGUAGUUUGUAUGUUGUAUUGGAGGAAAGGAUGUAUUUGUCACAGCAUUUAGUUGUAUAUAGGUAAAUUGCAGUCGUGUUCUCUGGUCUCUGUGUGUGUUUGUGUGGGUCUGAGAGAGAGAGAGAGAGAGAGAGAGAGAGAGAGAGAGAGAGAGAGAGAACUUUCUCUAGGUUUAGUUUUAGAGAGAAAAAGAUGGCAUUUGUCUGCUUACUGUAGGUUUAGUUUUAGCAUGAGAGAGAGAGAGAGAGAGAGAGAGAGAGAGAGAGGAUUAUCUGUAGAUUCAGCCUUUAUAAUUCACAGACGGAGAGAGAGAGAAAGAAUAUAUAUGACGCUCACAACACAGUACAAACCCACUUCAAUGAAGCUUGUCAUUUAUACCGCCCCCUCGGGGCCCCCCCCCC